CCCUCAGGAUUAUGAUAUUUUAGUAGGACCUUUUACGUCCAGCCUCGACCGAACCCAAGAUUUUUCCACCACAAAUACCUACCACGACUAUGAGUACAAUUUGGUCUACGAUUCCAAGCCCAAGCAAAUUGGUGGAGUCAUGUUCACCCUGUUUACCGUACUUAGUAAUGGCACUUGGGGCAUUGUUAUCGCCUUCAUCAUUGCCUACAGUCUUGCCUUCUUCAUCAUCGACUGGGCCAACCCGAACUCGUUCACUUAUCAUCCGUUCGAUCACUCCGAAUCAUACUCUUUCAUCAAUCGCCUGGGAGUCUGUGAUCACGAUGCCUUUAUCAACGCCUGGUCGAAAUUGAUGGAGCCCGACAGACCUGAAGAUGCUUUUGAGGUUGAUUUCAAGGCCUAUACUUGA